AUGGCUGUAGCGAAGAGAAGUGGCGGCAAGACCGCGCCGCCCGUCGAUGUAGACGACUCUCAAAUCAAGUACUCAAAAGGUAAGUCCAAUUUUGAGCAAUUGGGCGCUAAAUGGCUACUACGCGAAAAACCAUCGCCAGCUUCACAUUACAGGGUGCUGUGUGCCAUUGUGACAGUUGCUGCCUUUGUUGCUAGAUUUUACAAGAUUUGGUACCCUAAGGAGGUUGUCUUUGAUGAGGUCCAUUUCGGUAAAUUUGCAUCUUAUUAUCUGGAGAGAAGUUUCUUCUUUGAUGUUCAUCCACCUUUCGCAAAGAUGGCCAUUGCCUUCAUUGGGUGGUUGUGUGGAUACAACGGUGCUUUCAAGUUUGACGAUAUUGGGGAUAGCUAUGAAACCAAUCCUGCCCCAUACCUGGCCUACCGUUCCUUCAACGCCAUCCUUGGUACGCUGACAAUUCCUCUAAUGUUCAAUACUUUGAAGGAAUUGAACUUCCAUGCUACGACUUGCGCAUUUGGAGCCGCAUUGGUUGCUCUUGAUAAUGCACAUGUUCUCGAGACACGUUUGAUUUUAUUGGAUGCCAUCUUGAUCAUUUCCGUGGCUGCAUCUGUCUACUGCUAUGUCAGAUUUUACAAAGCCCAGUUGACUAAACCAUUUUCGAGAAGCUGGUUUAUUUGGUUGUACGCUACUGGCUUGUCGCUGUCAUUCGUGAUAUCUACGAAAUAUGUUGGUGUUAUGACGUAUGCAACUAUUGGUAUUGCUGUUGUCAUGAACCUAUGGCAACUAUUAGAUAUCCGUUCCGGGUUGUCUUUAAGAAUUUUUGCAAGACACUUUAUUGCCAGACUUAAUGGGUUAAUUGUCGUACCCUUUGUCGUCUAUCUAUUUUGGUUCUACAUCCACUUUUCGAUCUUAAAUACAUCUGGACCCGGUGACAGUUUUAUGUCCGCCAAAUUCCAGGAGACUCUGGCAGACUCUCCCUCUUCCGCGUUUACCAAACAAGUUAACUACUACGAUGUGAUUACCAUCAAACAUAAGGACACAUCAACUUUUCUACAUUCGCACUUAGCGACUUAUCCGUUGCGUUACGAAGACGGACGUAUUUCGUCAGAGGGCCAGCAAGUUACCGGCUAUUCUAUCGAAGAUGAUUUCAAUAACGAAUGGGAAGUCGUACCAAUAGUUGAAAAGGAGAGGACUGAUGGGCUACUAUUGGGGGAUCAUUUCAGACUGAGACACAUCGCCACCAAUACCUACCUACUUACACACGAUGUUGCAUCCCCAUUAUACCCUACCAACGAAGAGGUCACCACUGUUGAUGAAGAGCACGCCAACGGUGAAAACUACCAAGAGACAAUUUUCGAGUUCCAACCAUUACAGAAGGGUGAUAUAGGCCACAACAUCAGAACAAAUACCACUACUUUCCGUAUUCUACACAUCGACACUACUGUGGCCCUAUGGUCUCACAAUGACGAAUUGCUUCCAGAGUGGGGGUUCCAGCAGCAAGAGGUUAACGGGAACAAAAAUAUAAACGAUGAUGGGAACAAGUGGGUUGUCUCUAAGAUCCUAAACCUGGAUGAAGAGAGGAAAGAGUACGUUCCUAAGAAGGUCAAAAAGCAAUCCUUUUUCACGAAAUGGUUCGAACUACAAAAAUUGAUGUUCGAACACAACAACAACCUAUCGUCUGAACAUCCUUUUGCAUCUGAACCACAAUCUUGGCCUGGUAGCUUGAGUGGUGUCUCUUUUUGGGUUAAGGACUCCGAAAAGAAGCAAAUCUAUUUCACUGGUAAUAUAAUUGGGUUCUGGUUGGAAGUCAUUUCGCUAUGCCUAUUCGUUGGGAUUAUUAUUGCCGAUUUGAUCACCAGGCAACGUGCGUACUAUGCAAUCAAUAAAAUAACAAGGGAAAAAUUGUACGGUCCACUGGCGUUCCUUUUCUGUGGAUGGCUGGCCCAUUAUUUGCCAUUCUUCCUCAUGGCGCGUCAAAAGUUUCUGCACCAUUACUUACCUGCGCACCUCAUUGCGGCGUUGUUUACCGCUGGUCUAUGGGAAGUUGUAUUUAGUGAUUGCAAGUCUAUUAAUGUUGAAAAGGACGAAAAUGAGGAAGGUGCUGCAUUUGAACUCACCCCCAAAAUUUACUAUUUUUUACUGAACUUCUUUUUCUUUGUGGCGAUUUUGGCAAUCCUAUCCUUCUUCGUCUUUUUUGCUCCUUUAGUAUAUGGUGAUACAGCCCUUUCACCAAAGGAGAUUCAAAUGAGGCAAUGGUUUGAUAUCAAAUUGAACUUUGCCAAAUAA